AUGACCGUAGCACAGAGCCGUGCUCCGCUCGGUGCGACACAGGUGCUCCCCAGCACCACGGCAAGCUCGGACAAGAUGGGAGGCGCGCGGCCACGCACGCGCGCUGCGGCGCGCGAGGAAGAGCGCCAGAAAAGCGGUCCCGAGCCGCCGGCACGGCCGGCGCAGCGGCUGAAGCAUACGUGCCCGUCGGACAGCGACGAGGACGAGCGCCCGCCGAGGCGUACGUCUGCGCGCCUCGGCGGGUGUGCGGGUGCGCCGCCGCGGACGCGCCGCCGCGUCGACGACAACAAGGAAAAUAUUGCACCGGUGCGCUCCGUCACCCCGGGCGUACUCCGCGAAGAGGCGCAGGUGCGCCGCGCCGGCCGGGCGUUUGGCAGUGCGAUUGCGAUGCGGACGCGGGCGCGUGCGCGUGAAACGGACGAGGAGGAAGAGACGCAGGACGAGGCGGCGCGGGACGAGGAAAAGGAUGAGCCCCAAGCGGCCGUGUCGCUGCCUACGCCGCCGCGCACGCCGUCGCGUGUGCGCCACGCCGAUUUUUCCACGACGCCCAGCUCAUCUGAGACGGCCCAUUCCACGCUCUUUGACCUCGGAAGCGCGAGCAGCGCGGCCACGACACCGGCCACGACGCCGACCAAGAAUACCCCUUCCCUCUAUGCUCAGGCUCGUGCGCUGCUCCGCGACGGUGCCGAGGCGCCGUUGGUGGGCCGCGAGCGCGAGCGCAGCAUCCUGCAUACCUUUCUCGAUGGGUGGCUGCGUGCGGACGCUCCAGCGACGUCGGGAUGCCUGUACAUUUCCGGCAUGCCGGGCACCGGCAAAACGGCGCUCGUGCGCUCGGUGCUGGCCGAGCGUGCCGGUGCGCAGGUCCAGACUGCGCUGAUCAACUGUGUCGGCCUGUCGCACCCCCACCAGGUCGCUUCCGAGAUCCUGGCGGUGCUGGGCGUGCCCCGCAGCGACGAUGCCGGGCGUGAUCUCGAGAUCCUCGAGGCGGAGCUCGAGCGCCGGGCGCAGCACGAGCUGAUCAUUGUGCUCGACGAGCUCGACCACCUGCUGCAUACCCGUGUCCACCAAAAUGUGCUGUACCGGCUCUUUUGCCUGCCGAGCCGCGUGCGUCCGUCGGCGCGUGUCGGCCUGAUUGGCAUUGCCAACUCGCUCGACCUGACGGAGCGCUUUGUCCCGCUGCUCUCGAGCCGCGGCGUGCAGCCCGAGCAGAUGCAGUUCCAGCCGAUGGGCGCCGCCGAUGUCUGCGCGGUGGUGCACGGGCGUAUGGACAUGCUCGGCAUCGACGCGCCACUCUUUUCGCGUCCUGCCCUCGAGCUGCUCGCACGAAAGCUCACGGCCGUGUCGGGCGACCUGCGCCGCGCGCUCGAUACCUGCCGCCAGGCGCUGGACCUCGCCGAGGCCGAGCAGGCGUCGAAAGGGCUCAGCGACACGGUGCGCGUGCAGCCCCAGCACAUCCUGCGUGUGCUCUCGCACAUGGCCGGGCACGCGCAGAUUGCGCGCGUGCGUGCGCUCGGCGUGCACGCCAAGCUCCUGCUCCUUGCCUGGGUCACGAUCCAGGAGCGUGCGGCCGCGCAGCUGAACCCCAGCACGGUCGACGGCGGCGUGCGCAUUGCCGAGCUCGAGACGGCGUACCACGCGAUGCUCCAUGACGACGCCGGGUUCGUAUCGCCUCUCGAGACCUCGGAGCUGCUCGACGUGCUCGACCGCCUCGAGGCCCAGGGGCUGAUCCGUAUCUAUGCCGAGGCGACGGGCGGCAGUGCCCCCCAGGCCUUUUCUAAGUGCGGCGGCAGCCGCUCCGGCACGCCCGUCCGCCGCGUCUCGCCAAGCGGCAAGCGCGCAGCGGCGAAGCAGCUCCUCGGCACGAACCGCCGCGUGGUCCCGUCGCUGGACCGCGACAGCAUCGUCAAGGCGCUCACCACGCGUGGCGAGGCGCACGAUGAGCAGCACACGCCGACGGUCGUCGAGGCGAUGUGCCGCCUGCUGCGCCAUGCCCAGGACCGCGUUGCGCGUGCGACGCUCUGGCGCGUCGAGCAGCCGGAGCGCGAGCACAUCCGCAACGAAGAGCUGGGCGGCGGCCGUUCGGCGCUCCCCACAAUCCCUCUGUAG